UCUCUCUAGAUGACAGAGUUUGUUUGAGUGUGUGAGACCAGCAGCCGGCUCUCAUGUCUCUGCAUGAGUUUCUGCGGGACGGCGGUGAGGCGUCGCACCGGAUCAUGAACCGGCUCAGUCAUCUGAUUCAGAACUUGGACAUCUCUGGACUGGGCUCUCCUUUCCCAUUCAACCCUGCCAGCCGCAAGAGCUCCUGGAGAAGCUGGGAUGAUGACAUCAUGCAGCUGGACAGCAGUCCCCUCCACGCUGCUGACAUCACGCCUGACCUCAAGAGGCAGUUUGCCUUUCUUUCAGGGGGUCGAGGAGAUAAUGGCAGCCCCAUCAUCGUGUUCCCAGAAUUCCCUGCAUUUGGAGAGAUCACAGACAGGGAGUUUCACAACGUGCUCACCUACCUGACGAGUGUGCCAAGUUUGUCAUCAACUGGCGUGGGUUUCAUCCUGGUCAUCGAUCGCCGGCAAGACCGAUGGGCAGCCGUCAAAGGGACCCUGCUUCGUAUCGCAGGCUCCUUCCCUGGGAACCUCCAGCUGGUUCUGGUUCUGAGGCCCACCACCCUCCUUCAGCGCACACUCUCCGACAUCCUCUUCAAGUUCAACAAGGAUGAGUUCAAGAUGAAGGUGCCGGUGAUUAUGCUGAGCUCAAUAACUGAGCUGCACUCCUACAUCGACCGAACCCAGCUGACUCAAGAACUUGGCGGGACGCAGGAGUACUGUCACGAGAAGUGGAUCUCUCAUCGCACCGCUAUUGAAGGCUUUGCGCUGAUGGUAAAGAAAACAGCACAGACCCUGCAGUCUUUUGGGACUGAGCUGGCAGAAACUGAACUCCCCAAUGAAACCCAGGCAACAACCAACCUGCUGAGCAUACACACUGACAAGAAAGACAAAAUGAAGGAGGAUCUGCAGGUGGCUUUGGGACAGGGCAGCAGGCUGCUGGAGAGCAUUAAUGAGCCUGUGGUGCGAAACCCAGACCACAACAUGAACCAGGAUGAAAUGGAGAACAUGGCUACAGUACAGAGGCUGCUGUCUCAGCUGGACGAGACAGAAAGGGCUUUCGAUGAGUUCUGGGUGAGGCACCAGACCAAACUGGAACAGUGUCUCCAACUGCGCCACUUUGAGCACAACUACAGAGAGGUGAGGGCUCUGCUGGAUCAGGUGUCUGAGAAACUCGCAACCUUCUCUGAGGUGGGGAUCAGCCCAGCCCACGCUGACCAUAUCUUCAGUGAGCUCACCACCUAUGAGGAGAAAGUCAGUGAGGUGCUGGACAGAGCUUUGUCGUUGGCCUGUGAGGGUGAUGAACUGAUCCAGAACUCCCACUACGCUGAGGACUCCAUUCAGCCCAAAUGCAGCGAGCUCAGAGCAGUCAGUGAGGAUGUAAGGAGCAAUUUGAAGGCCAAGAAGGACCACCUCCUCAAAGCCAUGGAGCUGCAUCACUGUUUGGACAGGGCUUCUAAGUGGUGUGAUGAUGGUAUAUACCUGCUGGCUUCUCAACCAGUAGACAAGUGUCAAUCACACGAGGGGGCAGAGAUAGCACUGCAGGAGCUGGAGCGUUACCUGGAUAAUGCAGGCCAGAACCGACUGACAGACCUCAGCACCAUCUGGACAGAUUACGAGGCAGUGCUCAACCAGCAGCUCAGGGACCAAGUGGAGAAGGUUUUCCAGAAGCAGGCGUCCAUGCAGGAGAUGUUUGAUAAGAGGAGGGUCAGCCUGAAGAAGCUAGCAGCGAAACAGACCAGGCCGGUGCAGCCGGUGGCCCCCAGACCCGAGGCCUUUAUCAAAUCUCCUCUCAGCUCACCUGCACACAGAGCACAGCAAGAGAAAAAUUGCUCUGAGGGAAACUCUGGAAACUGUGAGAAAGAUGGAGACAGUGACAGCAGACAGGCCUCUCUGUCAGAGGAGGAGGAGAACCUGGCAGUGCUCAGGAGACAUGUUAUGAACGAGCUGCUGGAAACUGAGAGGGCCUACGUGGAGGAGCUGCUCUGUGUAUUACAGGGAUAUGCCUCUGAGAUGGAUAAUCAAGCAAUGGCCCACCUCAUCCCUGCUCCUUUGCAGAACAAAAAGGAGGUUCUGUUUGGUAACAUGCCAGAAAUCUACCACUUCCACAAGAGGACAUUCCUGAGGGAGCUGGAGCAGUACACCGACUGCCCUGAGCUGGUUGGAAGGUGUUUUAUAGAGAGGAUGACCGACCUGGAGAUCUACGAGAAGUACUGUCACAACAAGCCUCGCUCUGAAAGCCUGUGGAGGCAGUGCUCAGACUGCGCCUUCUUCCAGGAGUGUCAGAAAAAGCUGGAGCAUAAACUGGGAUUAGAUUCUUAUCUGCUGAAGCCUGUUCAGAGAAUCACCAAAUAUCAGCUGCUACUGAAGGAGAUGCUUAAGUACAGUAAGACCUGUGAAGGGGCUGAUGACCUGCAGGAGGCGCUGACCUCCAUUUUGGGAAUCCUCAAGGCUGUCAAUGACUCCAUGCACCUCAUCGCCAUUACAGGAUACGAGGGUAACAUGAGUGAGCUGGGCAAGCUGCUGAUGCAGGGCUCGUUCAGCAUGUGGACAGAACACAAGAAAGGGCAUGCCAAGGUUAAGGAUCUCGCCCGUUUCAAGCCAAUGCAGAGACACCUCUUCCUCCACGAGAAGGCGCUGCUCUUCUGCAAGAGGAGGGAGGAAAAUGGGGAAGGCUACGAGAAAGCUCCCUCCUAUAGCUUCAAACAGUCUCUCAAUAUGAGUGCUGUGGGCAUUACAGAGAAUGCAAAAGGAGAUAACAAGAAGUUUGAAAUCUGGUGCAACUCCAGAGAAGAGGUCUACAUUGUUCAGGCACCGACAACUGAUGUUAAAACCACCUGGGUAAAUGAGAUUAGGAAGGUUUUGACAACUCAGCUGGAGGCAUGCAGAGCCAGCCAGCAGAGGGCCCCAGAUCAGGUUUUCCAGUUUCCCCCUGUGUCAAGUGGAGUGAAUCUAAGUCCAUUCAAGAGUCAGAAGAGCUUUAAAAAGGGAGAGGAGAAGAAAGCUGAGCCCUGCAGCCCUGAUGCCAAUUCUUCUUCUUCACCAAAGCCCAUAACAAAAGAUGAGGCUGUGACAAGCCCUACCUCAGACAGAGCUGCUGUGGCUAAAAAGCGCUUUACUUUACAGGGCUUCAGUAACCUCAAAGUUCAGAAAGGUAACUGCAGACCACUCCCCGAUCACAAGACGAAACGCCAGAGUGAUCCUACGCCAUUUGGGUUCAAAGAUGCAGGCCCUCCUCCCCUCCACCUGAGCAGGGCCAGGUGGUUCAGCACCUCUAGUGUCUUUCAGACAAAGUGGAGAGGCUGGAACAAGCCCUCCCUGUCACUGGAUGCCUCAGAGGAAAAUGAUGGCUAUUCCAGUGCUGAGGAUCCUCUUAACUCUGACCCAGAGGAGGACAAUGGGAAGAAGCUGUGUGCUGGCAAAUAUACAGUAAUGGCCGACUAUGAGAAGAGUGGUGAUCAAGAGCUCUCAGUGAAGAGCGGAGACAUGGUGCAGCUUGUCAAGGAAGGGGAUGAUGGACAGUGGUUUGUGCGUAACCUGAGCACCUCUAAGGAAGGCUGGAUCGCUGCUCCCAAUCUUAUCACCCUGAUUGAAAAGUCCAAGUCUUGCCAGUCUCUCUCCAGCUCAGAGGGCAGUGGCUCUGGAAACCUCAGCACAUCAUCCAGUUGCAGUGAGACCUACACAAGCUUCUCUGACAUCAAAACAUGAACUCCUCUUCACUUCCUCCAUCACCAAACUGCCCCCCUGAACGCUAGCAUCAUGUGGCUAUCUGUGCUGUAUUGCCAACAUCAGUACAUAUUAGAAUUUUGUCCACAAAAAUCGGUACUUUUUCUUUUUUUUAAACUCACAAAUAUGCACCAAAUAUUGAGAUAAUGACAAAUGUUAUAAAUUUGACUGCAGUGCCAUGGUGCGGUGAAGAUACUAAAAAGAUCAACACAUCACACACAGUCAUUUCACAGGACAGUAAAGUGAUCCUCUAGUCAUACACUCGUCUGUUUAUUUUUAUGAAGAACAGAGGAUCCAGGCGAUAGUAAUGUAAUAGAUGUAUGAAUGGGCCAGCCGGACUGAUCUAAGUUAAUGCAUCUAUCUGUUCACAUUAAAAGUGGGGAAGUAUGUGGAUGACUGUCUCCUGCCAGCUUCAUCUGCACUAGUUCACCCAGGAUAUCCCAUUGUUACUGUAAAUAAGAAAGAUAGAGAUAAAUAAAAAUGUACGGCUUGGUAGCUGUCAUGAAUGUUUUUUCUCAGUUUGUCACAUCUUUGUUCUUUGCUUUUUCCUUUUACAUGUCUAUUUAUUUGUAUGAAAUAAAAAAAUAUCAUGUUCCUUUUCGUCACUUCUUAAUUUUUCUCAAUUUUUCCCUUUUCUUACUGUCUUUUUAUUACAUUUCUCAUCCCUCUUUUUGUUGUCUGUCUUCUUGUUUCGCUGUUGUCAGCCUGUCAUUAGAAACCCUGUCCUUCCACCUGCUGUUCUGGCUUAAUGUAUGAGCUGUUGUCUUUUGGGGUCUCUGAGAGCCUCGCGGUCUGCUCUUUGUGGGCUUUCAUGUACACUACAAUUUAAAAAUGUUUCUCAAUGUGAAUAAUAAUCAGAGAUCACUGUAUAGCGCUAACUUAUUCCCUGUUGAGGGAUCAUGCUCUGAAUGUAGAUAUUGUUCAUUAAUAUCCGUCAUGAAAUGUUUGUUAUUUGAGAUGCUAUAUUGUACAUUAAGUAUGGUGACGUCACUACUUUGUGACUUGUCUAUUUUUCUUUUUUCUUUUUUUUUUACAUAAAAGAGUUGUGAUA